GCCAUGUCCACUCAGGAGUUCUUUGUUGCUUCUGCUCGUAAAUGUCUUUCUACUGGUAGAAAGUCUCUCUCUGUCCCUCAGAGUCUGGACCUGGCUGCUCAGGUCUCGGCUGUUGAUCUGGGAUUAAAACCAGCUUUGUUGUACGAUAGCAACGGUGCCAGUGCAGAUCAGCUGCAGCAGUAUUUGGUCUCUUUGCGGUCCUCCCAGCUCGUGUCUAAAUCACUUCUCACGCUGGAUUUGAAUGGAAACGCUCUUAUUGUUAAUCCAGUUGCAGCCAGAUCAAAUGUGGAGCAGCUGUUUCACAAUAACGUGGCGUUGAUCGAUGUCUGCCACUCCCUGGAGAAGCCCACCGUCACUGACCCGCUCAGAGGAGAGCUGAAGAGCGCGGCACGCGAUUUACUGCUUCUCCUGAGAGGGUUCGAACAACAGAUGGGGUCCGAGGAACCUCAUUAUGUUGGAGAAAAAUCAGAGGGAUGGAACCUGUGCACAGUGUUUGGCCUGUUAUUGGGUUACCCCGUCACUUACUGGUUUGAUCAGACCAAGAGCUUUGAGAACUGUCUGUCUAUGACUCCCCUGAUGGUGACUACAGCUUCAGCAACGUGGCAGGCAGACACCGCAGCGCACAGGUGUUGCCUGUACUCCUUCAGCGUCCCAGCUAUUCUGCUUGAACAGCUGCAGUCCAACCUGGAAAACUGGAGGCUUUGUUUACAAGAAAGGUUUCAGCAGCAAAAUGUCCUGAGUGAUCUUACAGUUUGUCAGUCCGCAGUCACUCUGCCUUCAGUCUGUUUGUGAUGAAGUUUGUCUUUAAAUUAAGCUGUCAUAGAAUGUUUGGGUUUUAAUUUAUCACUACAUUAAACUGUGUCAAAACAGCUGUUCAUUUCUUAAUGAGCAGUACUAUUCAGACCCUGAGACAGUGAACAUACACAACCUACAAUUUGACAGAAGUAACUGAUUAAAGUGACCAAAUUACACAUCAAA